AUGCUGUGCACGAGGAGAACUAAAACUUUGGUGUCGACGUGCGUGAUCGUCAGCGGCUUGACCAACGUCGCGUGCCUGCUGUACGUCGGCUGGAUCACGAGCUACGUGGCCAACAGCGCGCACAAAGUUGCGGAGAGCGGCGGCGGCGGCGGCGGAACCGGGGGAACCGGAGGCGAGGAGGGCGGCGGCGGCGAGGUGGAGAGAAAGUUGGAGGAGGACACGAGAGGAGAAACUCUGAGGAUCAUCGAGAGGCUGGACCGGCUGGAGAGCGUCGUGAACGAGCACAUCAGAGCUCCUCAGAGAGACGGCGAAGACGUUCCGUCGUCCUCCGACCCGGCCAGCGUUCUCUUCAGCCGCUGGGGUCACGACCUCGGACCCGAGAGCCGCCGGGCCGCGCUCCGCAAGUUCCGUUACCAUGGAUACAACAGCUACCUGAGCGACCGCCUGUCGCUGACCCGGAGCAUCCCCGACCUGCGGCCCGACGGCUGCAGGAACGUGUCGUUCUCAUCGGACCUUCCUCAGCUCAGCAUCGUCUUCAUCUUCGUGGACGAGGCUCUGUCGGUUCUGCUGCGCUCCGUCCGGACCGCCAUCCGGAGAACGCCGGCGCCGCUGCUGAGGGAGAUCAUCCUGGUGGACGACCACAGCAGCAGCCCGGAACUGAAGGAGAACCUGCAGAGCUUCGUGGAUCAGACCAACGCCGACCGCGGCUCCGCCUUCAUCAAGCUGCUCCGCCAUGACAGGAGGGAGGGGCUGAUCCGGGCCCGGCUCAGCGGGUGGAGGGCCGCCGCCGCGCCCGUGGUCGCCCUGUUCGAUGCCCACGUGGAGUUCAACACGGGCUGGGCGGAGCCCAUUCUGCAGCGGAUCCAGGAGGACCGGACCCGGGUGGUGUCGCCCUCCUUUGACAACAUCCGGUUCGACACCCUGGAGGUGGAGGAGUACCCGCUGUCCGCCCAGGGCUUCGACUGGCAGCUGUGGUGCCGCUACCUCAACCCCCCCAAGGCCUGGUGGGCCCAGCGGAACCACACGGCGCCCAUCAGGAGUCCGGCCCUGAUCGGCUGCUUCGUGGUGGACCGGCGCUACCUGGAGGAGAUCGGCCUGCUGGACGACGGCAUGGAGGUCUACGGCGGCGAGAACGUGGAGCUGGGCAUCAGGGUGUGGCAGUGUGGGGGCAGUGUGGAGGUUCUCCCCUGCUCGCGGAUCGCCCACAUCGAGCGCGCUCACAAGCCGUACACGGAGAACCUGACGGUGCACGUGCGCCGGAACGCCCUGAGGGCGGCCGAGGUCUGGAUGGACCAGUACCGCAGCCACGUGUACAUGGCGUGGAACCUUCCACUGCAGAAUUCCGGCGUGGACAUCGGAGACGUGUCGUCCAGGAAGGCUCUGCGCUCCAGACUGGGCUGCCGCCCGUUCAGCUGGUUCCUGGAGAACGUCUACCCCGAGCUGCGCUCCUACGGCGACACGGCGGCCUACGGAGUGCUGAAGAACAGUCUGAGGGACGAUCUGUGUCUGGAUCAGGGACCCGACAACGACAACGUUCCCAUCAUGUACGCCUGUCACGGAAUGACGCCUCAGAACGUGUACUACCGCGGCUCCCAGCAGCUCCAGCUGGGGGCGCUCAGCCCCACGCUGGACGACGACGACAACAAGUGUCUGGUGGAGGUGAACGGCCGGCCGCGCCUGCUGGAGUGCCGCUACGCCGCCGCCAAGCACAUGAGGCUGCGCUGGUCCUUCACCCAGGGCGGGUCCAUCCAGAACCUGGAGUCCCAGCGCUGCCUGGAGCUCCUGGAGAACCCGCAGUGGGAGUUCCGGGUCCAGCUGGUGCUCCAGGACUGCAGCGCUCAGAGCUGGACCAUCAGCAGCGUCCUGUCCGUCCUCCCUCAGUGACCCGGACCCGAGACCCGGUCUCCGUGCUACAAGGACGAGCUGAGGAACCUGUCCAGGAGGCAGCUGUCCCCCUGGGUCCUGUGGGGGACGGGGACGGGGACAGG